UUGCUUUGUUUCAAAAUCUCUGUUUUGAAGCUUUGAUGCUUCUCCCUGUAGGUUCAAUAUUUCUUGGAGUAUCUCAGUUUUGCUUUAGAAUAAACAAAAUGUGGUUUUUCUUUUAUCAAUGCUAGUUGGUGGGGGGGGGAUUGUUAUUAAAACAAUAUUUACGACUUCAAGUCGAUAUUAUAUUCUGUUCUAGAGUAUUUGGUUUUUAAUAUUUUUGAAUUUGUAAUAGAUUUGCUUGGGAAAAAAUGAUCUUAGGAGAGAAAAUUAGUGGUGGUUCAUCGUGGAGCAAGGAUGAUGAUAUUGUUUUUGAGAGAGCUCUUGCAAUUUAUAACGACGGUAUCGAUAAUAGUUGGGAGAAAAUAGCUGCAGUUGUUCCUGGAAAAACUGUAGAUCAGAUUAGAGAACAUUACGAGAUUUUACUUCACGAUGUUAUGAUGAUUGAAUCUGGUCGUGUACCUCUUCCUGAUUAUGAUAUUUCAGAAGAGGCCAUUGAUAAAGAAAAAAGCAUUAGGGAAUGUGGCAUCAAUCGCAUAUGUUGUGGGUACGAGCAAGAAGCUAAACCAACACUAAAGCAACAACGACGAAAGGGGAUUGCUUGGACAGCGGAUGAACACAGGCUAUUUCUUCUUGGUUUGGAUAAAUUCGGGAAAGGUGAUUGGCGUAGCAUCUCUCGUAACUUUGUAGUGACGAGAACACCGACUCAAGUUGCAAGUCAUGCUCAGAAAUACUUCGCACGUAUUAACUCCAAGAACAAAGGCAAAAAGAGACCAAGCAUUCAUGACGAAAACGUUGCAGCUGGAAGCAGAAUUAAUCUCCCAACAAUGCAAAGAACCACAUGGCAAACCACUCAGCCGAUUAAAGCCAGCACUUCGCAACCAUCAUCACUAGACCAUACUACAUUUGGAGCAUCAACCACAUGGAGCACACCGCCCACUUCACAACCAUCUCUAAGCCUUCCUCGAUACGAGGCAUCGACCAUGUGGAACAGGCAAGCCGCUUUGCAACCAUCACUAGACCGUACUACAUACGGCACACCAACCACGCCAUGGAACACACCAGCCACUCCACAACCAACUCUAAGCCGUCCUCUAUAUGGGGCACCCGCCAUGUGCAACACGCAAGCCGGUUUGCAACCAUCGGUCAAUAUGCCUACCUAUGGCACGCCGACCAUUAGCCUACCAACGGCUGGACCGAUGUAUUUACCUUCUGGAAGUGACAUGAACCGUUUGACUCCACCUUGCAUGACUUACGGAGUUCAGCUUAAUCCAGUUCCUUACUCCCUGGUUCCUAGUGCACCGUCGUUCAGCAUGGGUUCGGCUCCGUACAACAUGGCAUAUUUACCUAAUUCUCGUUAAAUAGGUCUUUUGAGUCUUUGUGGUUUUAAAUGUGCAUGGCAUACUUCAUAUUUAAGUUGUUUAUUUCUUUUUUGUUAAACUAUCUUUAUGUUUUGAAUAUUUGAAUAUUUCAUAUUAAAACUACAAUAUAUAUAAAUAACCCCUCUCUCAAACUAUUCUGAGUUUGCAUGUGGGUUCCUUUGAGUUCUUUU